AUGAUGCUCAAUUCAGACCAGACGGAAAUCGACGUGCCCCCGUCUCACUCAGAGACAGAGUCAGUUUUUAGCGACUGUGGUGGGGGCGGUGGCCGUGGGGCUGGAGUGGAGGAGGCCGGCGGCAUCAGCUUGUGUGCCCAAUCCCGGCUAGCGGAGCCGGGCGAGGCUCUGAAAAAGGACCUGCAGCACCUGAGCCGAGAGGAGCGGCGGCGGCGGCGGCGUGCCACGGCUAAGUACCGGACAGCCCACGCCACACGGGAGCGCAUCCGCGUCGAGGCUUUCAACAUGGCCUUCGCCGAGCUGCGCAAGCUGCUGCCCACCCUUCCCCCUGACAAGAAGCUCUCCAAGAUCGAGAUCCUCAGGCUGGCCAUCUGCUACAUCUCCUACCUGAACCAUGUGCUGGACGUCUGA